CAAAGAGAGUAAGCAUAAAACUGAUGAAAGCAAAGAAAGCAGACAUAAAAAUGAUGAAAGCAGACAUAAAUCUGAUGAUGCAAAAGCAAAGAAACACACAAAAGACGACAAGAAACCAAACCAAAGUACAUCACACUCAAAUGAUGGUGAAACUAAAAAAUCUAAAAUUGAAAAUAGUAAGAGAAAGUUUGCAGAGUUUAUUGAUGGUGAUACCAGUGAUCAUGGCAGUAAGAAAAAGAAGGUUGAAGAACAGGAGAAAGAGAGCAAGCAUAAAUAUGAUGGGAAUUCUUCUGUUAUGGAUGAAAGUAUGGAGGCUAGUAGGAAACGGACAAUGAAUAAGAGUUUGAAUGAAUCAGCCCUAACAGAUGAAGAAAGACACGAAAGGCGAAUGCAUUCAGCUGCUUUAUACAAAAAUUAUUUGAACAGAUCUGGACCAAAGCAUUUAGGAGCUAAAGAAAUCCCUGAG